AUGCGGGCGGUGGGUGGGAUUAAGGGGAGACGUUACUUCCAGCAAGCCGCCGCCGCCGCCGCUCCCGAGGCCUCACCAAAAUGGCCGCCGCCGUCUCGGCCGCCACCACCACAACCACCAGCUCGCUAUCGCUGCCGCCGGCGCGGCCCGUCCUCUCGCGAGAGACAAUGACCCGGUGAGCUGAAGCAAGUUAGCAGUGGAGCCUGGGCCUCCUGAUUCACAUGACAGCCUUUUUUAGCGCAGCUUGGUUUUACAUGAGGAUAUUUUCCCGAUUGCUCCCGAACAUUUGUUCGCAAACUUUCUAGGUUAAGAACCCCUUUGAGAAUCUGA